GGCUGGUCGGGUCAUGGAGGCCUCGGGAGGCGCUGGGGGCGCCUUUCUGAAAGAUAUUGUGGCCUAUGUUGAAGUAUGGUCUUCCAAAGGGACAGAGAAUUACUCCAAGACGUUUACAAAGCAACUUGAGGACAUGGGGGCAACGGUUUCAAAAACUUUGAACAAGCAAGUGACCCAUGUGAUCUUCAAAGAUGGAUAUCAGAGCACCUGGGACAAAGCCCAUAAGACCGGGGCGAAGCUGGUUUCUGUCCUAUGGGUUGAAAAAUGCAGGAUGGCUGGAGCACGUGUUGAUGAGUCUCUGUUCCCUGCAGUGAAUACUGAAGAACAUUUACCAAACGUAAUUAGAAAAAAACACAAGUGUAUGCAGCCCAAAGAUUUUAUUCAUAAAACACCAGAAAAUGACAAAAGACUUCAAAAGAAAUUUAAGAAAAUGGCGGAAGAGCUACAAAGGCAAAAGGCAGCUCUAGAUGACGAGGUUCCUGUCCUCCUGUUUGAGUCCCCUCGAUCACUGGUAUACAGCUCCCCGGUGAGGAUGAUGAAGAGACUGCAAGAGAUGAAGGAGAAGAGGGAAAACCUGUCCCCUACCUCUUCCCAGAUGUUGGAGCAGUCUCAGCAGAAUCCAUGUGUCACUCUGUUUGAAACAUCCUUGAACAAUUCUCACCAACCUGUGAGUUCAGAUGAAUCCUUUGCCAGUGGUUCUCACUCAUCUUUAGAUGGUCUCUUUGGAGAUAAAGAAAGGAAACUGGGAAGAUCUGCCAAUGAGAUGGCCAGGAUCACAUGCUCUUCCUCACCUGUGCUGAGGGCAAGCAGUUUUUAUGGUUCAGCAUCACCCAACCACCUCAGGCAGCCAACUCCUCAGAAAGCUCCAGACAGUCCUUCAAAGGAGAGUAUCAACUUGCAGAACGAUGCUACAGGGGUGGUAGCUGAUUCUGAGAGAAAGCAAGCUGCUGGGGCAUCUCAGGGGAUGCCUGAUGAGAAGCCCUGUCUGUCUCCUACAGAAUCUUUCAUAGAAGGACAUGUAGUACACUUGGGACCCAAGAGUUCUUCAGCAAAGAGAAAAAGGGCAGCUGACUUGGGUUCAUCUCCGAAAGGAAAACUGAAGAAGGGGUACAAGAGAAAGCCUUCUCUGGCACUAGAGUUAUUCAAGUCCAACCAUAGCUUACAGCCCACAACUGGACUCAUCACGGGGACUCAUGACGUUGAGGCUUCUUCGUAUGAGGACUAUUUUUCCCCUGAUAAUCUCAAGGAGAGGAAUUCAGAGAAACUUCCUCCCGUGGCUCAGCCACUAGCAAGCCCUUCUCUGUUCCACUGCAGAGGACUCUCAAAAUGGGAUCGAAAAAACAUGCUAGAAAUGUGUGAUUUUACCUGCAUUGGUGAAAAACACAGAUCCAUCAGCAUUAGUGACUUAAUUUCAAAAAGUACUUCUAGUCUUGAGAAACCUGACAAAAAUGACAUGAAUACAGCUUCUACUUGCUUGCCUUUGGUAAAGAGCUCUGCUAACGACAGCCCAGGGCAUUGCAGGCAGCCUGGCCCUCAGCUGAGGGAAGAUACAGACCCAGAGGGAAGCUGUAACCCUGACAUCCUGUGUAGUCCUGCUUACCUCAUCACACCCUUGAAAAGAAGUAGUACAGAAACCAGAGACCCAGGUGAUGAAAAAGGCUCCCCCAAAGAAGGUACCACUCCUCCUGCAUCAGCCUCUCCUGAAGAUGAAGCACACAGCUAUAAUGUCAGUUUGGGAGAGAAUUGUCAUGUAGAAAAAUCUGUAGAAGAAAAGGAGAACAUAGCCACAGGAUAUAGUGAAAGUGUUAAAAAUGGACCAGGGAGGCCCGAUCCUUCAGACAGCUCUUGCACAGGCCUUGUCAGACCUCAAGAGAAACCAAAGAAAUGUGAGAAAGAAAAAAAGCCAGCGAGAACAUUAGUCAUGACAAGCAUGCCAUCUGAGAAGCAGAACCUCAUCAUCCAGGUGGUGAGCACUCUGAAAGGCUUUUCGUUCGCUCCUGAGGUCUGCGAGUCCACCACCCACGUGCUGGUGGGGAAGUCUGUCCGCACCCUGAACGUGCUGAUGGGGAUUGCGAGAGGCUGCUGGAUUCUCUCUUACGAAUGGGUACUGUUGUCUUUAGAGUUGGGUCACUGGAUUUCUGAGGAGCCUUUUGAACUCUCCGAAACCUUCCCUGCAGCUCCGAUCUGCCGACUUGAACGCCAUUUAUCUACCCAGCAAUAUCAAGGAACGCUCUUUGCCAGUCUGCCGAAGAUGUUCAUCACACCAGCCAGCAGCCCUCCCAGAGACAAACUGUGUGAACUGGUACUCCUGUGUGGUGGCCAAGUCAGCCCAGCCCCUCAGCUGGCCAGCCUCAUCAUUGGUCCCUACAAGGACAAGAAAGACACAAGGAUCCAGUACUUGUCAGAGAAAUGGAUCUUAGAUUCCAUCACCCAACACAAGGUCUGUGACUUUAACAACUACCAACUGCUACAAUGAGACUGAGACAUCUAAGGCUCCUGUCCCCAACACUCAAGAAGAACAACUCUGGAGAGAAGGAACCAGCAUACAACUUAAGGCUUGAUGUCCCAUCUCACUUUGUGUGCUGUGGGCUUUAUCUUCAGAGCGUGUGCUUGUGUCCACUGCUGGAGAUUAAGUCCAAAGCUUGUUGAGCAAGCCCUGUGCCGUUGAACUGCAUCUCCAGCUGUUAUCUGUAAAACACUUUUUAUGUAACUUAUUCAUGACUCAUGCUGUAUCUCAGAGAAGUCUUGGCCAGCACCAGUUGGAUUCUUGAUACAGUACUAGUAAUGAUCAUGAUGAAAAGGUCACAGAGACUUUGUCUUUGAGAUACUUUGUUCCCAAUUGUAGAAUGGAAGUUGAUUUAAAUUGCUCUAGUCCUAAACAAUCAAACAGCUCCCUAACUCUUCUGGCUUAGAUGCUGAGAUCUUUAUCAGUGUGUUGUGUCUAGAUAGGAAAGAUAAUCAUGCAUCAUUAAGAUUGCAUUUAUUAUGUCCCUUGAGAUGCUUCUCAGAACAAUUAAGGAAGACAGGUAUUGUACACUAACACUACCUGCCUUGUGACUGGCUACUACUCAGCCUCUACUGAUUCCCCUGAGGUUCCCUAAGGAAAGUCAGCUAUUGGGGUAUGGGGUAGAGUUCUGUCAAAACCCAUGGCUUUUGUGUCAAACUUGUUCAAGGAUACCUAUGAAUGUAGCUCAUAUAAAAUUAUAAACAUAUUUAAAAGUA